CUCGUUUUCGUACUCGUUUCCCCGUUUUUUGCCGUUUAAUUCCAAGCAAGAGCGUUCGCAUGCCCUAAUUCGCCUUCGCCGCCUUCAAAUCCUCCGAUAUGAAACCCUAAUUUCUCCUCACCUCUCUCUCUCUCUCUCUCUCUCCGUUCGCCUUGGGCACAGCUUCCGUUCACUGAUGUUUCCUGUCAAUAUAGGAGGUGCUGAAUUGAUUGGUUGUUCGGUGUUUGAUUUUAUAGGCGUUUGAAGGGAAAUCGUAUUUGAAGAAAAGUGUAGCAUUUGCUCUGCUUGAGUUUAUGUAUUUAUAUUGAUAUUUAGUGAAAAAUCCCAACAGCAGUAUUUGCUGAAUUUAAAUGGCGGGAGAGGGAUCUAAAAUGAAUGGCUUUUCUUCGGGUCUGGCAGUUAUAUUAUCAAGUGAUGAACAGUGUGUGAAUUAUAAUAAAUCACACUUAGUUUCCUGUCGCGAUGAUAUUGGUCACCAAUCUGUCGAACGCACUCUUGAAUAUGUAUUUGAUCUCCCACACAAAUCGAUCCAUUCACCAUCUACAUCAAUUGAUGUUAAUUCCAUCCGGUUACUGUUGAGGGACCAGCUGCUAAGAUUUGAGGAUGGAUCAUGUUCUUGUUCCCGUCAACGGGACGGAAUAACAAUAACCAACCCUGGGUCUGGGCGGAACAAGAUUGUUAUAGAUAGCACAAGUAUUUGUGGGGACAUUAGAAUUGUACGAUAUCCAUUGCUGAUUGAAAGCUUGGCAGUGUUCAGUAGUGUCCGAGUAAAUGCGAAUGUGUGGAAAGGAAAAUGGAUGUAUGAAGUGACAUUGGAGACUGCUGGGAUCCAGCAGCUUGGCUGGGCCACUAUCUCGUGCCCCUUUACUUACCACAAGGGUGUGGGAGAUGCUGAAAAUUCUUAUGCAUUUGACGGUAAGAGGGUGAGCAAAUGGAACAAGGAUGCUAGAUCUUAUGGCCAGUCUUGGACUGUUGGGGAUGUCAUUGGUUGCUGCAUUAAUCUGGAGUCAAAUGAGAUUUCCUUCUAUAGAAAUGGAGUUUCCCUUGGAGUGGCUUUCGAUGGAAUACUUAAAAUGGAGCCUGGUUUUGGUUAUUUUCCUGCAGUUUCCUUAUCUGAAGGCGAGUGCUGUGAUUUGAACUUUGGAUCACGCCCAUUUAAGUUUCCCAUUGAUGGAUUUAAUCCUAUUGAGGAACCUCCUACCAUGCUAUUAUAUGCCUACUACUUGCUCCAAUGUUUGUCCAGGCUAUUGGAAGUGCAGCGGUUGGAUAAGCCUGAUUCGUCAUACUUUGAGAAAUUGAGAAGGUUCAAGAGGUUUGUGCCACUUGAAGGAUUAUUUCACCCAAUUUCUCAGGGGAUCUGCAGUGAGUUCUUUGCUGUAAUCAGCACAAAUAAUAGCAUUGAAUAUAUUGCAUGGGGUACUGUUAGGACAGUUUUACUAGAAAUAUUUGGUGUGCAAGCACCUCAUGAUUAUGCUAGCCUAGAUCAGGUUGUUGACCUUUUUCUCAAGUUUCCGGGAUCAAAGUCAAUGUUCCAGCAUCUUAUUGCGGCAUUGUCUUAUAGUUGCAAAACGGCACCUCUGAUUCUCACAGAUUGUCCUUAUUCUGGAUCUUACCCUUAUCUUGCACUGGCCUGCCAUGUCCUUAGGAAUGCAGCAGUUAUGGGUUCAUGGUGGAUCUCAUUUGAUUUUGAGUUUACUUUGGAAGGUUUUCUCUCCAGAAAGUGCCCAAAUAAGCAAGAUCUGCAAUGCAUGAUACCAUCUGUUUGGUGGCCUGGUUCAUCUGAGGAUAUUGGCUCUGAAAGUAGCAUGAUGUUGACUACAACAGCAUUAGCUGGAGCAUUUGAUAAGAUUGAAGAGAUGCACCGUGAGCUUUGCCUCUUGGUCAUACACUUUAUUCCACCCACAAAGUCUCAGCAGCCUGGUUCUGUGUUUAGGUCAUUUUUACAGAGUUUCAUACUGAAGAUAAGAGGUGCUGACCACAAGAUGACAUCUGCUAGUGUUUCUGGCAAUUCUGCACUAGCUUCUUUAUUCUCUGUGAUUCUUCAUUUCUUAUCUGAAGGUCUUACUUUGGAAGAUGCAUCUGGAUCUUUGAAGGGAUCAAGAACUGUCGCUGCAACUGAUGGUGGUUUUCUUCACAAGAGUGGAAGAAGAAGCUUUCCUGUGGGGCUUUUUUUUAAAGAAAGUCCAUAUUACAGUGGAUUUUCCAGGCUCGGCGGAUCAACCAGUCAUUUAAUCAAGUCUAGCCCUGUUAGUGAGGUGGAAACUGAAGUUAAGUGGGAAGAAGGCUGUAUGGAUGAUGAAUAUACAAAAGUAACACAUUCUACAAGGCAGAAACCUUGUUGUUGCUCAAUAUCUGAUGUUGAUAGUACGAGAAUACUAAAAGAUAAUAUCAGAUAUACAGCUAGAAGUUCAAAGGGUCCUUGCAGUUCUAUUUCAGAUAGAUCAGCUAAUGUUGCAGCAGAAUGUAAUGCUGGAAGUUUGAAUGAUGAGAUUGUGGACAAACCUAGUACAAGCGACCAUACAGAAGCUGAUUUUGGUUACCGGUCAUUGCAAUAUUUAGAAAAUCCACCUACUACAAGUCAGUCUUCUGCUGGUGUGCUAAGAGAAGAAGAGUUGCUUCAUGUGAUGCUUUUGCUGUACCAUUUGGGUGUUGCACCAAACUUUCGGCAGGCAUUCUACUACAUGUCGCAUCAGUCGCAGUCAAUUACUCUAUUAGAUGAUACAGAUAAACAAAUAAGAGAAAAGUCUUGCAUGGAGCAAGUAAAGCGGUUGAAAGAAGCACGCAAUGUUUAUCGAGAAGAAUUGGUUGAUUGUGUUCGGCAAUGUGCAUGGUAUCGUGUUUCCUUAUUUGCAAGGUGGAAGCAAAGGGGAAUGUAUGCUACAUGCAUGUGGGUUGUGCAGUUGUUGUUGGUGCUUAGUGAUAUCGAUUCCUUAUUCCUUUAUAUCCCUGAGUUUUAUCUGGAAGCACUGGUUGACUGUUUCCAUGCUUUACGUAAGAGCGAUCCUCCAUUUGUUUCUUCUGGAAUUUUUAUCAAGCAGGGGCUUGCUUCAUUUGUUACUUUUGUGGUCAAGCACUUCAAUGAUCCACGAAUAUCAAGUGCUGAUAUAAAAGAUCUUCUUCUGCAAUCAAUGUCAGUCUUGGUGCAGUACAAGGACUAUUUGGCUGCUUUUGAAAUGAACAAGGAAGCUCUCCAAAGGAUGCCAAAGGCACUACUGUCAUCAUUUGAUAACAGAUCAUGGAUACCAGUUACAAACAUACUUGUCCGGCUUUGCAAAGGCUCUGGAUUUGGCUCCACAAAGCAUGCAGAAUCAUCUGCAUCACUCCUUUUCCAGGUAUUACUACGAGAGAUCUGCAUCCAUAAUGAAGAAUUAUUCUCUUCUUUUCUCAAUAGACUUUUCAACACUCUUAGCUGGACAAUGACGGAAUUUUCUGUAUCCAUCCGAGAAAUGCAAGACAAUCAUCAGAUUGCUGACUUACAACAAAGAAAAUGUGGUGUUAUUUUUGACAUUUCAUGCAAUCUUGCACGGGUUUUGGAAUUCUGCACGCGUGAAAUUCCUCAAGCAUUCCUUUGUGGGCCUGUUAUGAAUCUUCGAAGGCUAACUGAGUUGAUCAUCUUUAUUCUGAAUCACAUAAUUUCAGUUGCAGAUGCUGAGUUUUUUGACUUCAGGUCUCUUCGCCGACCUGGCCAAUUUCAAGAGAAGACAAACAGGACUACCAUUCUAGCACCACUGGUUGGGAUAAUCCUUAACCUUAUGGAUGCAAGUUCUGAUCGAGUCCAGGGUGAUCUAAAUGAUAUUAUAGGGGUAUUUGCAAGCAUGGACUGCCCAACAACUGUUCAUUGUGGAAUUAAAUACCUGUUGGGCUACAACUGGAGCGGUGUAUUAAAAGGUGAUGCAUCUCUUGCGAAACUCGCACAGUUGGAGGAAUUCUCAAACUACCUAAUGAGUAGAUCAAAAGAAAAGGUUGGCAUUAGUGGGGAGGAAAUGGAGAAUUGCUGUUGCAUCUGCUACGCCUGUGACUCAGAUGCCAUGUUUAAGCCUUGCAACCAUAUGUCCUGCUUUGGCUGCAUAACCCGGCACCUUUUGAACUGCGAGAGAUGCUUCUUUUGUAAUGCAACAGUCACAUCAGUGGUUAGGAUGAAAAAAACUCGCAACUGAAAGAGCAGCUGAUGCAUGAACUCGUGUUUGUUUUUCGUCCCCAGUCGUCUGCGGUUGUAAGCAGAUUAAAAAGAUGAUUGUAGCUUCACUGGCUGCUUCGAGGCAGGACAGUAAAGAAACGGGUUUUACCAAAUUCUGACCGGGAGGGCUUCAAUGUAUAAGUUUGUUUGCCAGAAAUGGUUGUCCGGUGCUUCCGAGUUGUUCAAUGUAUUAUAAUUUAGCGGAAGAGAUGGAAAUUUUGUAGUCGCAGGGGCACGCCAGGCAAUUCCUUUGUAAAUAUGAGAUGUAAAUUAGAGGAAUAUCUCUAUCUAUUGUAAUAAAACAACGUAUAGAGACCUCUGCAAUGAGGGUUGUUGAAAAUCAUUUUCUUUAGUGUAA